GCACAAAACAGUUCUUUUGUCUUUCGAUCGCUCUCAAAUCGCGUUUUGUCGUGGAGGUCAACUGAUCAGAAAAAUAUAGCAAGCAGAAAGUGAAAAACAGCUGAAUUAUUAUUUUUCUAUACAAAAAAUUAAAAAAUUAGUAUCCAAUUUCAAUGGGGUUUCGACUUGUUCUCGAGUAAACUACUAGUCUCUAUCUCUCUCAGCUCCAGAUUUUGUUUCUUCUUCUUCUGUGUUAAAUUCAUUUGAUUUGUUGUAUCUGAAGGCGAAAUUACUGGUUUCUGAUUUUUGGUGGUAUUCAGGGCGGUUUUAAAGCGACGGAAGAAGAUGGUGGGAGGAGGAGGAGGUAGUAGUGGUCGUGGUGGUGGUAGUGGUAGUGGUAGUAGUAAGCAGCAGAGAGGUUUCUCUAUGAAUCCUAAAGACUAUAAGCUAAUGGAAGAAAUAGGCCAUGGAGCUAGCGCUGUUGUCUAUCGAGCGAUCUAUCUCCCUACUAAUGAAGUCGUCGCCAUCAAGUGUUUGGAUCUCGAUCGCUGCAAUAGCAAUCUGGAUGAUAUUAGGAGGGAAUCUCAGACUAUGAGUUUGAUAGACCAUCCCAACGUUAUAAAGUCGUUUUGUUCAUUCUCUGUCGACCAUAGUCUUUGGGUUGUUAUGCCAUUCAUGGCUCAAGGUUCGUGUUUGCAUCUUAUGAAGACUGCGUAUUCAGACGGAUUUGAAGAGUCUGCUAUAUGUUGUGUAUUAAAAGAAACUCUUAAAGCUCUUGAUUAUCUUCAUAGACAAGGCCAUAUCCAUCGGGAUGUUAAGGCUGGAAACAUACUUCUUGAUGACAAUGGUGAGAUUAAGCUUGGCGAUUUUGGUGUCUCUGCUUGCUUGUUUGAUAACGGUGAUAGGCAACGUGCUAGAAACACAUUUGUUGGUACUCCUUGCUGGAUGGCACCGGAAGUUUUGCAGCCGGGAAAUGGAUACAAUUCCAAGGCUGAUAUCUGGUCAUUUGGUAUAACAGCACUUGAAUUGGCCCAUGGUCAUGCACCUUUCUCAAAAUAUCCUCCCAUGAAGGUGCUCCUAAUGACUAUUCAAAACGCACCUCCUGGCCUUGAUUAUGACCGUGAUAAGAAAUUUUCUAAGUCCUUUAAAGAAAUGGUUGCAAUGUGUUUGGUGAAAGAUCAAACAAAAAGGCCAACUGCUGAAAAACUGCUGAAGCACUCCUGUUUCAAACACACGAAGCCUCCAGAGCAAACUGUGAAAAUUUUAUUUUCCGAUUUACCACCUCUUUGGACACGUGUAAAAUCUCUUCAGGAUAAGGAUGCUCAACAGCUUGCAUUAAAGAGAAUGGCCACUGCUGACGAGGAAGCUAUAUCACAGAGCGAAUACCAAAGAGGAGUGAGCGCUUGGAACUUUGACGUCAGAGACUUGAAAACACAAGCAUCUUUGUUAAUUGAUGAUGAUGAUCUAGAAGAGAGUAAGGAAGAUGAAGAAAUAUUAUGUGCACAGUUUAAUAAGGUGAAUGACAGAGAGCAAGUAUUUGAUAGUCUGCAACUAUAUGAAAACAUGAACGGAAAAGAAAAGGUUUCCAAUACUGAGGUGGAAGAACCAACCUGCAAAGAGAAAUUCACUUUCGUUACAACUACUUCUUCUUUAGAACGAAUGUCACCAAAUUCAGAGCAUGACAUUCCCGAGGCCAAGGUUAAGCCAUUAAGACGCCAAAGUCAGAGUGGACCACUUACAAGCAGGACUGUAUUAAGCCACUCGGCUUCAGAGAAAAGUCAUAUCUUUGAAAGAUCCGAGAGUGAACCGCAGACGGCACCAACAGUCCGAAGAGCACCCAGCUUUAGUGGUCCUUUGAAUCUUUCAACCCGUGCUUCUUCAAACAGUUUGUCUGCUCCCAUCAAAUACUCAGGAGGAUUCCGUGAUUCUCUGGAUGAUAAGUCAAAGGCUAAUCUGGUUCAGAAAGGACGAUUUUCAGUAACAUCAGGAAAUGUAGAUCUUGCGAAGGAUGUUCCAUUAAGUAUAGUCCCUCGUCGAUCUCCACAGGCGACCCCCCUGAGAAAAUCUGCAAGUGUGGGUAACUGGAUACUUGAGCCCAAAAUGCCAACAGCUCAGCCUCAGACGAUCAAGGAGCAUAGUAGCCAUCCUACGUCUUCCUCACCCAUCAUGCCUCAACUUCAACAUCUAUUCCAGCAAAACUCAAUACAACAGGAUCUUAUUAUGAAUUUACUAAAUAGCUUACAACCCGUGGAGGCAACAGAAGGUUCUCAAUCUGGGAAGUUACCACCUUUGCCUCGCUCAGACAGUAAUGGAAACGUUGAACCUGUGGCUUCAGAGAGGGAGAGGUUACUUCUUAGCAGUAUCUCCGACCUCCGUGCUAGGCUGGACGACUUAACGGAGGAACUCGAUAUAGAGAAAUCAAAAUACAGCCAACUGCAACAGAAAUUGAAAGCAUUCACGGGUCGCGAACACUAAGUGUAACCAGAGGGAAAGCGACACUGGAAACACUGAACUGCACAGAACCUGUAGGAGAAAGAGUGAAGUCUCUUUUGGUUAUAACAGUAAUAACCAGACAAGAGCUUAGAGACAGUGAGGCAUAGAGCAUAUCAAUUUCUUUAGUUGGGUUCAGUGUAGGUUCCAGACGAUGACAAUGACGACUAAAACAAGAUACGACCGAUGUCUGCUUCUGAUGUAAACUACUAGUUGAAGACAACAGAAACGAAUACAGAAAUAAAAGAAAAGGAGAAGAAAGUUCCUUUGGGGGGUCUCAACCCCACAUAUAUUUGCUUAUAUAUUUAUUAUCACACGUUUUGAUCAUUUUUUGUUUUAUUUUGUUUGGUGUAUCAUAAUUUACUAGUGAGAUAAAGGAGAAAGCUCUUCUUUUGGGUUCUUUGUGUAUUGUAAUUUGUAAAUGCAAAUUGAUUGAUGUACUUUUGUGUUUUCAUCACAUUCUUAAACAUUAUCUUCUGGUUUUACCUUA